GCCCCGGGGGUGCGGGACCGGGACAGACGCUAGCUCCCUCCGCGCCGCCCGCCGCCGCACGUGUUCCGGCGGGCCCGGCCCGGCGCCGGUUCAGCCCCGCCGGGCCUCCCGGCGCAGAAGCCCCGCGCCCGCCGCCUCGCCUCCGGGUGCCCGCUCUGCGCCCCUCCUCCCCGCCGAGCGACCGGGCCCCGGCGGCCCCCUCCCCUGACCCGAACCAGCCCCAAACGGACCCGCACGGACCGCCGAGCCCCGGGGACCCCCGGCUUCUCCCGCCCCCAGCGGUCAGGUCCGCUGUCGACAUUGCCUCUGAGGUUGGCCCGGCCCCGUAGGAGGCGGAGAGGUUUGGAUUAGCAGACAGCCCUUGCCACUGUGCGUCCUCCACUCGGAGCUGUGAACUCUCUACCCGCGUCGCCCUGCCUGGUGGGCUGCAGAGCCAUGGCAACCGAGGAGAAGAAGCCCGAGGCUGAGGCCGCCCGAGCACAGCCCACCCCGUCGUCGUCGGCCACGCAGAGCAAGCCCACACCUGUCAAACCAAACUACGCUCUGAAGUUCACCCUGGCCGGCCACACGAAAGCUGUGUCCUCCGUGAAGUUCAGCCCGAAUGGGGAGUGGCUGGCGAGUUCGUCUGCAGAUAAACUCAUUAAGAUUUGGGGAGCAUACGAUGGGAAAUUUGAGAAAACCAUCUCUGGUCACAAGCUGGGAAUAUCUGACGUGGCGUGGUCCUCAGAUUCUAACCUCCUUGUUUCUGCCUCAGAUGACAAAACCCUGAAGAUAUGGGACGUGAGCUCGGGAAAGUGUCUGAAAACCUUGAAGGGACACAGCAAUUACGUCUUUUGCUGUAACUUCAACCCCCAGUCCAACCUCAUCGUCUCGGGCUCUUUUGACGAAAGCGUGAGGAUAUGGGACGUGAAGACGGGGAAGUGCCUCAAGACCCUGCCCGCGCACUCGGACCCCGUCUCAGCCGUUCAUUUUAAUCGUGAUGGAUCCUUGAUAGUUUCAAGUAGCUACGAUGGUCUCUGUCGGAUCUGGGACACCGCCUCGGGCCAGUGCCUGAAGACACUGAUUGACGAUGACAACCCUCCCGUGUCGUUUGUGAAGUUUUCUCCGAAUGGCAAGUACAUCCUGGCCGCGACCUUGGACAACACGCUGAAGCUCUGGGACUACAGCAAAGGCAAGUGCCUGAAGACGUACACGGGCCACAAGAAUGAGAAGUACUGCAUAUUUGCUAAUUUCUCCGUCACUGGAGGGAAGUGGAUUGUGUCGGGCUCGGAGGACAACCUGGUCUACAUCUGGAACCUGCAGACCAAGGAGAUUGUACAGAAGCUUCAGGGCCACACAGACGUUGUCAUCUCGACGGCCUGUCACCCGACCGAGAACAUCAUCGCUUCGGCCGCCCUGGAGAACGACAAGACGAUCAAGCUCUGGAAGAGUGACUGCUAGGCCCGCCGCGUGGGGGCUGUCGGGAAGCCCACCCGGACUGGCGGGGGCGCGGCUCCCGGAGGGGCUCCCGGGGUCCGGGCCUGGGGGCCGGAGGGGCUGGGCCUGAGCCGCCUCUGAAGACGACUUGCCUGGGGCGUGUCUCCCACUGGAGGGUUCUAGAAGUUGCUGGUGAAGUUUCUCGCCAAUUCCUCUCACCGUUGGGGAAGAGUUCCUAGUCUGUGUUGUGUUCAAAGAGAGUCAACAGAAAUUUUUAAUUUUUUAUUACAAAAAGGUGAAGUUCAAUUUA